AUGGCGGCCUUGACAACCGGCAUUGGAUGCGCGAGGCAAGGGGGAGCCAGGGGCCCGAGGGAGUAUAAGGCGGUGACUGCUGCGGGAGGCGACAAGUUGGACGGCGGCGGCGACGGAGGGUGCAGUUUUCUCAGGAAGGUUCCCGUGCAUGGAAGCGGCGGAGGUGGCGCUCGGUUGCGCUCCAUCGCUGGGACGCGGCCUUCUGUGCGGAAUGGGCAGCUGCUGGUGUCCGCUGGCCUCCCGGCCCUGGACCAGCUCUUAGGUGGUGGUUUAGCUGUUGGAACACUGCUUUUAAUUGAAGAAGAUAAAUACAAUAUUUACUCCAGUUUACUCUUCAAGUAUUUCUUGGCUGAGGGAAUAGUUUGUGGACAUACUUUGCUGAUUGCUUCUGCUAAAGAAGACCCUGGUGACAUUUUAAAGGAACUUCCUGAGCCAUUACAUGAUGACAACUAUAAAAAAGUGCUUGAUGAAGGACGUAGUCAUAACUCACAAGAAGAACCAGAUAUUUCCAUGAAGAUAGCCUGGCGUUAUCAAAACUUGCCUCAAAUGGAGGCUGGUCCAGGAACAUCAUCAAGAUUUGGUCACUAUUAUGAUAUGUCAAAAAGGAUGCCCCAAGAGAUAAUUCAGUCUGCAAAAUGGCAUAAAUUUUUCCUUCCCGAAGAAAUUACUUCAUAUGCUAAUGUAGAAUCCUGUGCUCUAAACCAUGGCUACACGAAGCUUCUUCACUUCAUCCAGAGAAUAAUAUCUGAGGAAGGAUUCGAUGGCUCCAAUCCCCAGAAAAAACAAAAAAACAUUUUAAGAAUUGGAAUUCAGAGUCUUGGCUCACCUUUGUGGGGAGAUGACAUCUGCUGUGCUGACACCCCUGAACAUAUGCAUAGUCUUACAAGAUUUCUGUAUGUUCUCCGUGGUCUUCUCAGAAUGUCUCUGUCAACAUGUAUCAUCACAGUACCAUCACACCUAAUUCAGAAUAAAGCAAUCACUUCCCGCAUUAGAAACUUAUCAGAUACAGUAGUUGGUCUUGAAUCAUUUAUCGGUUCUGAGAGAGAAGCCAAUCCUCUAUAUAAGGAUUUCCAUGGUUUGAUUCACAUUCACCAGAUCCCCCGGCUCAAUAGCCUGAUUUGCGAUGUGUCCGACACGAAGGACCUUGCUUUCAAACUCCAAAGGAAGGUCUUCACCAUUGAGCGACUGCAUUUGCCUCCAGACUUGUCAGACACAGUGAGCCGCUCGAGCAAACGGGAUCUGGUGGAAUCCGCCAAACAGCUGAGCCCGGGAUGUGGCAUGAUGGCCGGAGGCAAAGAGCACCUGGACUUCUAGGGAUUGCUACUUAGUGGCCUCUCCGGGCCUCCUGUGACACCCUCUGGUUGGUUACCAAGGGCUUAUGUAAAUGUUUUUCAUAAAGGUUUGACCCAAUAGUCCUUAAAUAUUCAUAAAGAAUUUUUUAAAUGGCCCCUGCCCUCUUCCUUGUGUAUGUUUGUAAUCAUGUUUUUCCCCUAGUAAACUGUAACCAAAAUAUUGCUCCAUUUAAAAGGUAUGAUUUAGAGAAUGAAAAAUACUUUUCUUCUUAUUUCUAAAAGGUAUGAGAGAUUACUAAGGCGGAAUGUAAUCUACAUUGUCAGAUACAGCCACUGUUUGGGAUGGUUUUGCUUGGUUUUCUUUUUUUUUUUUUUCCAAACUAAAUAACUAUGCUAUAAAAACAGAGAGCAUCAAUAAGGUGUAUUUUUAUAUUUAAAAAGUUAUAUGUGAUAUUCUCUGUUGGAAUAAUGCCAUUUUAUUUUAUAAAUAAAAACAAAUUCAGCAUCAAAAAAGAUCGUGCUAUUCUACAGUGGACAAUGGUGCAUUUUGAUUUUUUUUUUGUCUGUGGAAAAACACAAUAACAGAGGUAGUCUGUAGAAACCUUGUGAGAUUCAAAAAAGAUGUUCCUAAUAACUGAGUUUCAUAAUUACUCUUUAUUUCUGAAAAUGCCAUUCUCUCCUGAAAGCAUUAUAGUUUGGGCAGAACACGACAUGACAAAUUCGUUUUGCAAAUGUAUCAGAACUAUAUUUGAAGUGUCCUCGCAUGUCAUAUGCAUUCUGUUAUGUAAAUUAUUAAACUGAUAAAGAAACAUAAUUUGAGGGUAAGACUCUGCUGAAGACAAUGCAUCUGCUCUGUUGGUUAAUAAACAUAUUAAAACAAACUUCA